CUUUAUAGCUCUUCACAUAGCUAUUUUAAACCAAAUGGAAACAGAGUUAUUGCUGUGUAACUGUGUUGAGGAGGGCACAUUGGAUGCUUUGCAGUUGUAACACAGGAGCCCAUUGUGUUCUAUAAGUUACAUAGAAGUUCCAUAGACGUCAAAGUCCUGCUAUACUACACAUUUCUUUACCGAAGCUGUCGUAUGGUCCUACAGACAAGAGACAGAGGGAAACACAGACAGACGGAGGGACAGACAGGCAGGCAGACAGACAGACAGACAGACAGACAGACAGACAGAUAGGAGAGUAGCUACUAGAGUCAACACAACCCGGCGAAGUAAGUCGGUGCUCUCGGACGGAACCAUCUGGAAAACCAUCUGCAUUUCGGUUCACACCAGCGCUCUUGUAAAGACUUUAAUUUUAACUCGGCAAAAAUGAGGCGUUCCUCUUUUCUGUUGUUCACGGGGAUUUUGGUCUGUUUACUUUUUCUCGCACUUUCACACUGUGAAGAGCAUCGACUCCCUGAAGAGAAACUUCUCGUUGUGACCGUUGCAACCAAAGACACUGAUGGCUUCAGGCGUUUCAUGAGGUCGGCUAAACACUUUAACUACACUGUCAAGGUUCUUGGCCGAAGUCAGAAAUGGAAUGGGGGUGACUACAUGUCGGCUCCAGGAGGAGGCCAGAAGGUGCGACUCCUUAAAGCAGCCCUGGAGAAGAUGAAAAAUGCUGAUCAAAUCAUCCUUUUUAUUGACAGCUACGAUGUGGUUUUUGCUUCGAGUCCCAAAGAGCUGCUCAAGAAGUUCCAGCAGUCCAAACACAGGGUGGUGUUUUCCUCUGAGACCCUGAUCUGGCCUGACCGGCACCUGGAGGACAAACACCCUCAUGUCAGGGAGGGCAACAGGUUCCUCGGCUCAGGUGGUUUCAUUGGCUACCUUCCUAACAUUAAAGAAAUGGUUGCUAACUGGACAGGAGAAGACAAUGAGAGUGACCAGCUGUUCUUCACCAAGAUUUACAUUGAUCCAGCAAAACGAAAAUCCAUAAAUAUCACCCUGGACAGCAAGUGCAGAUUGUUCCAGAACCUACAUGGAGCCCUCGAUGAAGUAGUGCUGAAGUUUGAGGAUAGUCGAGUGCGAGCCAGAAACGUGCUGUAUGAUACACUGCCUGUCAUCAUCCAUGGGAAUGGACCAACAAAGCUCCAGAUCAACUAUCUGGGUAAUUACAUCCCCAACGCAUGGACGUUUGAAACUGGAUGCACGGUGUGCCAUGAGGAUCUAUAUUCACUCAAAGCUCUCAAGGAAAGUGAAUACCCACUGGUGAUGAUUGGCAUCUUCAUUCAGCAACCCACGCCGUUUGUCACAGUUUUCUUUGAACGGCUGCUGAAGCUGCAGUACCCCAAGAACAGGCUCAAGCUUUUCAUUUACAAUCAGGAAGCCCAUCAUGGUCCUCAGGUCAGCUCGUUCCAGCAGAAUCAUGGAAGCCUUUAUCAGGACAUCAAAGUCAUGGGCCCUAAAGAAGAGAUCGAUGCAACUGCGUCACGCAACCUGGCUUUUGAUUUAUGCCGGAACGACAAGGACUGUGACUAUUUCUUCAGCUUGAACAUUGAAGUGGUCUUAAAGAAUGAGAAUACACUCAAAAUUCUAAUUGAACAAAACCUUCCUAUUGUAGCACCGAUGAUAACUCGAGCUGGCCGACUGUGGAGCAACUUUUGGGGAGCCCUCAGUGGUGACGGCUACUAUGCUCGGUCUGAGGACUAUGUGGACAUAGUUCAAGGACAGAGAGUGGGCGUAUGGAAUGUCCCGUACGUGUCGAGUGUGUACCUGGUAAAAGCCAGCCUCCUUCGAUCAGCGUUGAAAGACUACGAGCUGUUCAACUCGCCUAUCUUAGACCCUGACAUGGCUUACUGCCACAACGUUCGCAACAAGGGAAUCUUCAUGUAUGUAACCAACAUGCAUACUUUUGGUCGCAUCCUAUCAACAGAAAACUACCAGACUACUCAUCUGCAUAAUGAUCUGUGGCAGAUUUUUGAAAACCCAGUGGACUGGCAGGAUCGCUACAUUCAUGCAAACUACACCCGCAUCAUGAAAGACAAUCUGAUUGAAACGCCUUGUCCUGAUGUGUACUGGUUCCCAAUUUUCUCUGAUGUUGCUUGUAACCACCUAGUUGAAGAGAUGGAGCACUAUGGGAAAUGGUCAGGGGGUGGCAAUGUGGAUACAAGAAUCCAAGGUGGCUAUGAGAAUGUGCCCACCAUCGAUAUCCACAUGAAUCAAGUCAACUUUGAAAAGGAAUGGCAGAAAUUCUUACUGGAAUACAUCGCACCAAUAACUGAGAAAAUGUACCCCGGUUACUACACCAAGGCUCAGUUUGACUUGGCCUUUGUAGUUAGAUAUAAGAAGGAUGAGCAGCCAUCCUUGAAGCCGCACCAUGAUGCCUCCACAUUCACUAUAAACAUUGCACUCAAUCAAGUGGGCCUUGAUUACCAGGGUGGUGGAUGCAGGUUCCUGCGCUAUGACUGCUCCGUUCAGGCUCCUCGUAAAGGCUGGGCCCUCAUGCACCCAGGCCGCCUCACCCACUACCACGAAGGCCUGCCAACCACAGGUGGUGUCCGCUACAUUGCAGUGUCCUUCGUAGAUCCCUGAACUUCCAAAUACGACGGUCCCUAGCCCAGAACAAACAAGACGUACACUGACUACAUCUUCUAGCGUCGCAGAUGUUUUUUUAUUUUCAUAUUCAGAGUAACAACGUCUUCUUUUUUUUAGCCGAUGUUUUUUUUUCUAAACAAUGUACAAAAUGGUAUUGCUUCUUUUUCAGUUCCACAGUCAUAUCUGACCUGUGACAUUAAUCAGCCUUCAUCAGAGCCUGUGCUGCAGUGAAACAUGAAACAAGACAGUACAGAGCAACAGGAAUAUAUAGCGAACAUGUAGCCACCUCUUUAGUGCAGAACUGGAUCAAAAGUAACACGUCUUUCAAAUCUUCAUCUUUUUUUGACACUGGUGUUUGUCACCAGCAGUCUGCAGUUUUCUUCUGUUGCAUAUCAGCUUUCUACACCAGCAUGCGAAGAAGUCUUUGUCUCCAGAAGAAGCUGUGUGACAGAUCUGCUGCUGUGGCAUUAGAAGGAAGCAGGCUUUCUGCUUUGACCAGCAUAGCUCUUCACACACGCUAAUCAUUUUGUCAUAUUAAAAGGAUGACGCCUCUGGUCAAACUGUUUGAUUUUUGAAAAACUUUUCAUUUUAACUCUUACAAUGUUCAAGGAUGACAAAACAUCAGCUCAGCACUUUCUUUAUGCAUAAAAGUAUGUAUUACUAUUGUAAGAGAUGUUAUAUUAGCAUACAAUAAUUCCUUUGCAUCCCAAUGAAGCUGUGUUUUUGUGGUGUCUAUGGUACUACUGUGAAUGAGCUGAGCUAAACUGCUAAAUGAGGCACUAACGCAGCAUUCUUUAGUUCCUGGGGCUGAGAGUUUGCUGACCUCAUCACACAUUUGAGAAAAACGGACGUGUUACUUUAGUCACUGUUCUAAGCUAACUCCUAGAAGAACAUUGCAUUAGUAGUUUAGUUUACCUUGCAGUUGCAUUAUGGGAAGUGUAGGAUCCAGUAAUUAUCGUAGCUCAUAUCAGGUAAGUAUCUCAAGUUGCUAUGUUACAACCAAAGUAUCAGUGACUGCACAGGGUUCCAUAAUUACAGGAGCCAUGAAGGCUGCAGUCUAACAGAUUUACUGCUACUUUCAUUAAGAAGGUCUGCACUAAAAAUGGCACGAAUCUGCUGUUACCUGGCGUUAAGUCCCGGUCUGGAAGUCACAGGCCUCACUGUUGGUAUUUUAUUUUAGUUUUGUGCUUGUGUUGCAUAUGACUUCAUUACUGUAUUAAAUUGAAUUGGUAAAUGUAACCUGAAGUCAGGCAGUAUUCCAGCUAAACCAUAAUAAAACGGUCAUCAUCGUUACACACACAGUCACUUUGGUGCAGAUGCUGUAGAAACCUAAAGGCUCCUAUUUGGGCUGGAGUGCUUGGUGUGAACUAGAAAUCUGAAUUCCUGUCAGGAAUUCGGCUGAGAUUUUUAUGAUUUGUUGGUGAAAACCUUUUAUGCUGUUGAAUUUUCCUUCAGUGUAUAAACUAUCUGGGCCCUUUUCUGAAUCCAAAGCAAUUCUUUUUUUAUUUUUGAACUGAGACACUCCAAAGCCACUCUCUUAUUUAUAUUUUGCAUAUUUUAUUUGAUAAAAGCCGUGCUUCCUGAAUUGUUUUCAUUUGCAAUAUAACUGCUUACUGUAAGAUUUCAUGUUGGAAUCAGAGCUUUUUUUUUUUACUACAUUUACUGUUGGACCUUUUGAAAGUGUAACAUUCACCCAGUUGUCAUUUGUUACUUUUACUGUGCUUUGAACACAUCAGAAGUAAACCAGUGAACCCA